UUGGUAAUCAGAAGGUUCAUGUGUCAACAAAGUAAUGGCUAUUUUCAGCUGGUGGAAAAUUAUCACGCAAUUUCGUCCAUAAUCUAAGAUUUCUUAGACAAUAUUUACAGUGUUAAUUCUAACGUGACGAUGGCAGGUAUAGUCGUGAUAAACAUAAGUCUAGAAGGGGACAACGAGGUGUCGGAAAUAUAUAAACUACAUCGCCAGACCCGAUGGGUUGAUUUGGAGGCUAUGUUGAAGGCUCAGUUUGACUGUGAGAAUAUGGAGGUGUACUAUGUGGAUUCCGAGGGAGAUUAUAUUUCAUUGAGCAGUCAAGAAGAAUUAGUGGAGGCUUUCAAAGUAGCAGACCAAUGCCACAACACCUUAUACAUGCGAGUCAGAAACUUUGGAUCCUCUCCACCAAAACCUGAUGAGGAGGAAGCCACUAAGACUGAAAAUACAGAGCUGAAGCUGGCCACCAUUAUCCCAGAGACCCACAAGAAACUGGACAAUGAAGAAGCAGAGAACCCUGUCCCUCAGGUCAAUCCAGAACAGAGGGGUGCAAGUGGCCAAGAGAGAGCAUAUCCUAGACAGGAGAAGAGAGAGAAACCUGAUGAUUUGGACAGUCAGUCAGAAGCUCUGCCACUCUAUCCUGUAAAAAAAUCAAAGAAGAGGCACCUGAGGGACCUGGACAGGAAGAAGAGUGGUUAUCACCGACAGAGGGAGGAUCUACAGGGCGAGGUCAAGUCGGAGGAGGCCAUACCCUACCCAGCCUUCAUCAAGUACAUGAGGGAGCUAAAAAAGGAGUUGCAUUCAGAGAUAGUAAAGGAUGUGACCAGAAAGACGGUGAAGCAUGUGUUAAGAGGACUGGAUGGAGCUGUUCUACAGAGCUACAAGGGGGGAGAGGCAAUAGAUACACAGCCCAAAGGGGUCAGUGCUACCCCAGCUGAGGAGACAGAGAGGAAUGCUGAGAGCAGCAGCCAUCAUCCGAUAUACUAUCACUGUGGAGUUUUGUGUGAUAACUGUAACAAAGUGAUUGUUGGAGCCAGAUACAAGUGUUGUAACUGUGUGGACUACGACUUGUGUGAGGAGUGCGAGAACAUCAAUGGAAUCCACGACCACACCCACGUCUUUAUCAAACUCCGCAGACCAAUCAAAUUCAGACAGAGGGGCCCACUAAUGAAGCAGAUUCUGUAUAAACCUUAUCGACUGCCGACUUCCCCGGAAGAAAGCACGGACAGUCAAGAUAAGGAAGAUGGUGAGGAGACUGCAGCUGCUGCUCCAAUGGUUCUGGAUGAGGGAAAGAAGGGCAAAAUACUGGCCAGGAUUGAGAAAUUGCAAGCAAAAGCUGCCGCAAAGCAAGAAAAAAUUAAACAAAAGCAAGAGAAGGCAAUAGAAAAGUUGAAAAUGAAAUUGGAUGUUGUGAAGGAUAUGAAGGCUCAUUUUAUGGGAGAUCUAACCAUUCCUGAUGGAACAAAAGUACAGCCAGGGACCAAGUUUGUCAAGACCUGGAAAAUCAAGAACUCUGGGAACAUCUCCUGGAGAGAAAGCACCAAGCUUCACAACAUCUCUGGAAACCUGCCUACAUCUUUCAAUGAUGUCGAUGUCCCCCUCUUGGCCCCAGGGGAAAUUGCCGACAUUUCCGUCACAUUUUACGCUCCCGAGAAACCAGGAAAAUAUCAGAGCCACUGGAAGAUGAUGGAUUCUGGUCAUCAGUUUGGACACAGAGUCUGGUGCCUUGUCCAUGUGGAACCUAAACUGGUUCUCGAACCAAGCAAGUCUGAGGAUACACUCAAAAUAGUGAAUGAAGAAUCAAAGGAAGACAAACAGGAAGUAGCAACUUUGACAGAUCAACUGGAGGAAGAUACUGAGGAAGUAAAGGAGACAAAUGAUACAGAGUUUGUGAUUGAGAAAAGCCCAAUUCAGUUUGAGAAGAAAUCAGAGGAACCGACACCCGAGCGCAUCAGCAAUGAGACUGUCCAGAAACUGGAGCAAGAACUGAGCAGUGCCGCUGCUGCUAUGGCCCAGUUACAGUUGGAGGGUCAGUCAAAGCCCACUGUGUCUGGAGAGACAGGCCAGGAUCUCAUGUCUUUUGAGAUGCUGGACAUGUCGCCCCGAGGAUCCAACAAGAUGUCCCAGACAGCCACUCCGAACAACACACCACUAGUUGUAUCUCCUCCCAAGUCUCCUCUGCCAGAAGAGGGCAGUUUGUCCCGUACCAGUAGUGUGGAACUUUUGAACCCUGAACACUACGAAGAGAAAACUGAGGUCAUUGAUAAUGAGUUUGUGGAAAAUUACUUGAGCAGUUUGCCCAUCCCUCCUCCAGAGGUUCACUACUCUUCUGAGGAGUACGAGAGUCUGAGUGAAGAUGAUGAUUUCCUGAUCGUCCCAAUGCCAGCCUGUUUCGACUUCAGCAAGCCCGUCAUCAAACCCCAGGUGUCUGAGAGUUCUUCGGACAACGAAACAACGGACAACAAUCAUAACUUGCUGGAUGACAACCACAACACCAUUGUUACCAAUCCUCCGCCUAGCGUGGACGACUUAUUGACCACCACUAACUCCGUGUCCACACCCCCCUUGGAUCCGCUCGUCUCCCCCCAGAUUCCCCCUCCAGUUCCAGCUUUUUCCAUGAAGUUUGAGAUCCCAGUGAACUGUGGUCCUGUUACACCCGCCCACGGAGAACUGAGAGAGGAAACAGAGACCCAAAGAGAUAUUGGGGCAUCAGGUAAUCUUGAUGUUCCUUCAACAAACACUGAAACUGGUGAAGUCAGUGCCACAAAUACUACAGUGAUUGAACACACCAGUGCUACUAAUGCACCAUCAAUGGACCAGUCCAUGGAAACAGGGGAAGCAACUAAUACCAGGCCUAACGAGGAGGCAGAACAAUUACUGGAAACAACUGAAGUUAAAGAGGCCCUCCCACAGGGAGAUGUCUGCACUGGUGGGGCUCACCAUGGGGAGCAUGACAAUGGGGAUAAAGCCGCUGGAUAUGAAGUGCCAGUGGCUGGAGAGAUGGUGAACCAGAUGGUGUCUACUGCGGUUAAGGCGGCUGAGCGGGCGGCUUCCAAUGCCUACACAACCUGUAAAGAAGUCUUCUACACCUGGCAGGCAAGGACCUACCAGAAUGCUACUCCCCAGGAUAAGGAUGAGUUCAAACCGCCGAGGUCAACCUGGAAACCUAAAGGUGACAAAUGGAAACCAAAAGAGGAGAAGUGGGAGCCCAAGUCCAUGGACUCUGGACCAAUGAAGAAACUCAUUGAGAUGGGCUUCUGUAACCGCAAGAAGAACCAGGAGCUCCUCACCAAACACAACUCAGACCUGGAUCGAGUUCUAGCCGAGCUUCUGAGAGAGGGGGAAAAUGAUUGGAUGAACAACCGGCACUAAGCUGUCCCUGUUGUGUUGAAUGAACAAUUAAAGAAAGUUUCAGUGUCUGUAAAUAUAGCUUGAACAGCUGGUCUUGUUUUUUUUUCAUUGUGUAUAUUGUUGCAUUUUUGUUUCAAUUGUAAUAUUAUUAUAUGAUAAAUUGUGUUUAUGAGCCUAGAUUCAGAAUAUUUAGACUUACUUGGAAUAAUUUUUUGGCAUAUUAUUGUCAUUUAAAAAAGCAGAAUGUUAUUUUUAAAGAGCUCAUUUCCUGAUAUUGUUAUUUCCUUCAACUGUAUGUGUAUUUUCCCUCCACAUUGUGAACACUCCCUGCCUCCUCAGUAAUUUAUCAUCAAUGUUUUCUUGUGAUUUGCAAAUAGGCCUAUUAAAAUAGGUAGGUUAUCCCAAUGAUUGUUUAUGAUCAUAUUUGUCUCUAAUUAGAGUGACAAUUCUAGAUGUCUACGUUUCCCCUCUCCAUUUCAUGUGCUAAGACUCACUCCCAUCUGGUGGAAGACUUGUAUCAUAACAUGUAAGUCAGGAGUGUGCCAUUUCUGAGAGACUUUUUUUCUGUGAUAUGAUGUAGUUUAUUCACAAUUAAUAUGCAUGUUCUUUGUUAUGUAUUAUGAAUUUUCCUCUUUUUGACAAAAUAGUCAAUGAUAUUUUGUGUCUAUAUAUACAUGUACAUAACAAGAGAUGAAAUUUUAUGUUUUCGUUUCCCUUUAAAGAUUAAUUUUUUAUUGUAAAGAAAUUUUCAUAACGAGGAAUGGUUUUUUCAAACAACUCUGUUUAAGAUAUAAAUUAGUGAAGAUGUUGAUACUUGGGUAAGCAAACUAAUAUGCAGGAUUUUGAUACAUUGUAUAGGCAAGGGUUUGGAUGUACUUUGAUCAGACAGUUGUCUGAUGAAUGUUUGAAUUGCUUCUAUUAUAGAAAUAGAGGAGAUGGGGAUGUUUCAAGGGUUGUUAUCGUUAAAAGUUGAAUUGGCUGCCAGUGAAUCAAUGCUCUUAUUUGAAUGACUAUUGUCUGUGAUUGCUUUUAUUCUGUGCCCAGAAAUAAAUAAAAUCACCAUU